AUGCAACGUCGUAGCGGUCUUGUCUGGACAGCGGUUCAAUCUUCUGAAUGGUGGAAGACCCUGCACAAGGUCCAAAUGAAGCUGGCUCCUCGGCCUCCUCUAGCACUUGCGUCUGGGCUUAUUGGACAAUUCCGUCGGAAGAAUAGACAGGGACGGUUGGAUGUCUUCACUCAACCUAAUACUUCACAACGCAAGGCCCAAACCUUCUCCCACUUGGUUGUGUUUCGUCGUUAUUUCCACUAUUCUCUUCUCUUCUGCCAAUCCCUUGUUUCCAUGUGCGCCAUAUGGUUUUCUGGAGAGAAGAGAGCUCUCAUCAUUAGUCUCAUUGCCACAAACCCCAGAUUCUUCUGGCGGCCAUGCGGCGCUGCUCAUGCCGGAUUUGGUUGGCUUCCGGAGUCGUGGUCUAAUUCCGCUUCCAGGGCUUACGCCGUUGCCCAUCUCUUUUCACGGUCUGCGGCACAGCUUUUCAACGUAACGAGAAUGUCUCCAAUAAUUCACGCAGGAGAGUUCAUCGACAACUUCCCUGAACAUGGACUUGGAUGGCAAUUCGUCCUGCACGAUCUACGCCUCUCAUUUCGAAGCUCUGCGGGGAUGCAACCAAGCUGGACAAGCAAACCUUCCAGCCCCAUAGUGCUGCGGCGGGAACCACUAGCAUUCCAGCAUCUCGCUGGCUCCGAGAACUUGGAAACCCUGUUGAAGCUCCGCAUACCUCCUUUGUCCUCCCUAGACAAUCAGCACGCCCCAGAUCCUCUAAACACAGUCGUUUCUACGCUUGACCCUCU